AUGACUCGCUCAUGCAGCAUGGACGCUGCGCAAUACAAUGCGUACAUUGAGCACAUGAGGCAGACUGAGUAUCCUAUGCUCAAGGGAGCGACGUAUCUCGACCAUGCCGGAACAACUCUAUAUAGCAAAUCGCUGCUCGAUGCCUUUACCAAAGACAUGAUGGGCAAUCUCUUCGGCAAUCCACACUCUGCCUCGCAAGCCUCACAACGAUCUACCCACCAAGUACAAGACGUCCGACUACAACUCCUCCGUUUCUUCGAUGCAAACCCCGACGAUUUCGAUCUGGUAUUUGUUGCCAAUGCCACUGCAGGCAUCAAACUGGUGGCCGAUGCUCUCCGUGAACACGAGUCGGGCUUCUGGUAUGGCUAUCACAGAGAUGCGCAUACCAGUCUUGUCGGUAUGCGUGAGCUGGCCGAGGAACAUCUCUGUUUCAGGGAGGACAAGGAAGUCGAAGAUUGGAUUGAAUACGGUCCGCAAGAUACACAAACUCGCCUCGGACUUUUUGCCUACCCUGCCCAAUCCAACAUGAAUGGCCGCCGUCUGCCGCUCAAUUGGUGUCGCCGCAUGCGGAACAAGGGUGUGCUGACUCUGCUGGAUGCCGCUGCCCUGCUCUCGACCUCCCCACUUUCCCUAGCCGACCUCGAUACCGCCCCCGACUUUACAGUUCUCAGCUUGUACAAGACAUUUGGGUUCCCGGAUCUGGGAGCUUUGAUCGUUCGCAAAGAUGCAGCCUGGGCUUUGCAAAAGAGAAGGUACUUUGGUGGUGGCACCGUCGAUGUGGUUGUGUCGCUCAAGGAGCAGUGGCAUAUUGCCAAAUCUGCUCAUCUGCAUAAACAGCUCGAGGAUGGUACUCUGCCCAUUCACAGCAUCAUCGCUCUAAAGUCUGCUCUGUCAGUCCACCGCGACUUGUUUGGCACAUUGGAACGUGUUUCUGAACACACAUCCUUACUUGCUGAGCGCUUGUAUUCGUCCUUGAAAUCGCUGCGCCAUGCCAACGAUGAACCAGUGUGUGAGAUAUACAAGGAUCCGACUUCGUCAUAUGGCAACAAGAACACUCAAGGCCCCGUGGUUGCCUUCAAUCUCCGCGACUCCAGGGGACAAAUGGUCAGUAAUCUGGAAGUUGAAAAGCUAGCCCAUGUCCGCAACAUCAACAUCCGCACUGGCGGCCUUUGCAAUCCUGGGGGUAUUCAAUCAGCACUGAAUCUCUCGCCUUGGCAAAUGAAAGACAACUUUUCUUCUGGCCAACGCUGCGGCUCCGAAACCGACGAUGUCAUCAAUGGUCAACCCACUGGUAUGAUACGAGCAAGUAUAGGUGCCAUGUCCACUUUAACAGACGUCGAAGUCUUUGUCGCUUUCAUCGCCGAGUUCUUCCUCGACACUUCAUGCGUGCCGUUCAAUCGAACAGACUCUCCCAUAUCGUCGCUAGAUGUGCCGGUGUCAGAGCAACUGCAUAUCGAGAGUCUGACAGUAUACCCAAUAAAAAGCUGUGCUGGCUGGCAAAUCCCUGCAAACACUUCUUGGGAAGUGCAACCACAAGGACUUGCCUGGGACCGAGAAUGGUGCAUCAUACACAGCGGAACCUCCAUUGCGCUUUCACAAAAGAAGUAUCCACGCAUGGCUCUAUUACGUCCGACUCUCGAUUUUGCUGCAGGGCUAUUACGCAUCAGUUGUGCAGUACCCACCAAAGACAGCACUGCCACAGAGAUCAAUGUUCCACUUUCUGCAGACCCACGGUGCUUUACUGCUAAUAGCAAAACCUCUACGCCAACAAAUGUCUGCGGUGAUAUUGUGAGCUCAAGAGUCUACGCUUCACCUUAUAUAUCGACAUUCUUGUCUGCCGUGUUAGGCGUCUCCUGCACCUUGGCUCGCUUUCCCGCAAACUCUGCUUCCAGACACGCAAAAGCGCAUCUCAGUAAGACCACCGACAGCAAAGACGCCACACCGCUAGCUUUCUCAAACGAAAGCCCGGUCCUCUGCAUAUCCCGCACAUCCUUGAGCGCCCUCAACGCCGCCAUAAAAGCCAGGGGAGGAACCGCAGUCCCGCCAUCGACUUUCCGCGCCAACAUCGUCGUCUCUCCAUCCCUGCCUUCGUCUUCAACGUCAACAGCAUACAUAGAAGACACCUGGACAUCUCUGUGCAUCUUUUCACACAAACGCCACUCACACAGCAGCGAAGGAACCUCAUCAACAGCGAAUUUCAAAGUCUUGGGCAAAUGCAGGAGAUGCCACAUGUUAUGCGUAGACCAGCAGACCGCAGAGACCAGACAAGAACCCUUUGUAACACUAGCAAAAACCAGACGUCAAGAUGGAAAAGUGUGGUUUGGCGUCCAUUUAUCUCUGAGCAAAGGAGAAACGAAAGGAUGGGUGAGGGUUGGCGACCAAGUCAAAGCUACAUGA